CGCGAGCGGUCCAUUCAUUUUCAGGUGACUGGAAGAAAAGGCUAAUCGGGUACUCCGGCUGUCCUAGUGCUGCUGGUGCGACGCCGUCAGUGAAAGAACCGCGGGCCUCCGUAAAGGAGAAACUUGCCAUACCCAGGCAGAAGGCACUUUCCUUAAACUAUCCGGUGGUCUAAGGACAAUGGGGAAGCACAAUAGCAAGCUGGCGCCUGAGGUCCUGGAUGACCUGACCAAGAACACGGAGUUCAAUGAGGCUGAACUGAAGCAGUGGUACAAGGGCUUCCUGAAGGACUGUCCCACCGGCAUACUUAAUCUGGAAGAGUUCCAGCAGCUCUAUGUCAAGUUCUUCCCCUACGGCGAUGCCUCCAAAUUCGCCCAGCACGCCUUCCGCACCUUUGACAAGAACGGGGAUGGCACCAUCGACUUCCGGGAGUUCAUCUGCGCCCUGUCCAUCACCUCGCGGGGCAGCUUCGAGCAGAAGCUCAACUGGGCCUUCAACAUGUACGACCUGGAUGGGGAUGGGAAGAUCACACGCAUGGAGAUGCUGGAGAUCAUUGAGGCCAUCUACAAGAUGGUGGGCACGGUGAUCAUGAUGCGCAUGAACGAGGAUGGCCUGACUCCUCAGCAGCGCGUGGACAAGAUCUUCAGCAAGAUGGACAAGGACCACAAUGAUGAGAUCACACUGGAGGAGUUCAAAGAGGCGGCCAGGAGCGACCCCUCCAUUGUGCUCCUACUGCAGUGCGACAUGCAGAAGUAG